CUUGUGGUCCUUGAACUUGAUCUUGGUGUUGUUUUCCUGUCUGUCGUCGUUGCUGGCUGCCGAUCCGUCACAAAUACCCACCCCCAUCGCGUGUGUCGUGUGAUCUGUCAACUCGGAGCCAGAUCCAGCAGACCCCUCCAUCUCGCAUCUCGCAUCUCGCAUCUCGCACCUUGCACCUCGCAUCUCGUCGCCUGCAUCCCCCGCAGACCGCACCAACAGACCACGCCAUACCCCAACAGCAGCUCCUUCCCCCACCAACACAGUCAAGAUGCCGUUCACAGACAUCAACGGCAAGAAGAUCUUCUACUCGUGGAAGCCGGCAAGCAGGGCAGGCCUGACCCUCUUCUUCAUCCACGGCCUGGGCGGCGCCCACUCCUUCUGGUCACCAAUCAUCCCAGGCCUGGUCGAGGCCGGUUUCUCGUGCCUCGCAAUCGAUGUCCCAGGAUUCGGACAGUCGCCCUACCAUGGCAAGCCACACGACCUGCACGAGAUCUGCGAAGACAGCAUCGCCCUCCUCGAGAGCCUGGGCAAGGCCCUCGACCGCACCAUAAUCAUCGGCGCCUCGAUGGCAGGCAUUGUCUGCUGCGAGAUUGCCGUGCGACACCAGGUCGCAGGCGUCGUCAGCGUCGGGCCCAUCUGCCCGGGGCCCGAGACGAAAGAGGCAUUCGAGUACAGGGUGGAGGUUGUCGAGAAGGACGGCCUCGAGGGCAUCGUCAACUCGGUCGACAUCCCCACCCGCGCGACAGGCUCCAAGGCCACCAAGACAGCCGAGGCAUUCGUGCGCUCGCUGAUCCAGUCCUCCAACCCCGAGGCUUACAAGACCCUGGCCCAGGCCAUCGCCGACGCCCCCGUGCCCGAGUACAACAAGAUCAAGGUGCCGCUGCUCUGCGUCGCCGGCCAGGAGGACCAGGUCGCUCAGCUCGAGGACUUGGCGCUGAUAGGGGACGAAUGGGGCGCGCCCUCCAAGACGGAGCUCGAGGUGCUGUUUGGUGUCGGCCACUGGCACAGCGUCGAGGACGCGGAGGGGACGGAGGCAUGCUUGAAGAGGUUUGCGAAAAAGGUCACGGCUCUUGUCGCCAACGGCGGAGAGUAACGCCCCAACCCUCGUACGGAGAGGCGUUUCAUUCUACGACUACGAAGGGACGACGCCCGCGGAGCGUUACUCGCGAGGGUCGUCACGAUACCAGCGGCGCCUGGACAGAUGCGCCUGCUACGGCUUACGCGAACCCUGGGCUUCCACCGCGCGUGUCAGUCACGGGUCAUGGGCCCCAGGGCUGUCUUCCAGCCACCCAUCUCGUCCCAGGUGGGCUUCCUGGUUUUGGACAAAGGUCGGGCUGGACCGAGACGUGUUCGUUUCUUGAGUCGAGUAUGGACGCGCCGCAUGCUAGGUGUAGUGAGGCUGGGGAUCUGUGAUGAAAUAGUAAUACCAUAAUAGAGAGUUGUUGGUGAAGACCCAGAAGACAAGUCGAGUGACAGUGAAGACCCCAACCUUGAUACUAGCCCUUGAGCAACCACGCGCAGACCGAACGCGUGGCCCUGCCUGCGAAUCUCCACAAACUCCGCGAGAAUGAGGACAGAGU